AUGAUUGAUGGUCACCAAGGGCCUGACGGCAAGCAACACGUUGUCCUUCCAAGGACCCAGGCCACAAAACUUCCCGAGGUCUAUCGAGUCUCGCUUUACGCCAUCCAUAAACUGGAAAGGGGCCGGAGAGCCUAUAUUUGGCCGUGGAAAAGGAGUGUGUUUAGCAUACUCAUCCCGCUCAGGCUUGAAGAUGUUAUCGAUGACCAGAUUCCUCGUCCAUGUGAGGCCGAUCCCGGCUAUGAAAGCUGGAAAUCUUGGUCAAAGGUCGUCCGGUGCUGGAUGUUGAAUCAGCUGAGUCUAGAGGUGAUCAAGAAUCUCGAAAUUUUCUGCAGGCGGGUCGAUGUAGAACUUGACUCGGAAGAUCAACUUCCGCGUUAUUCAGACGACUUGUACACGCUGAUCGUCAAAGCGUUCAUGACAGGUGAGGAAACCACACAAUCUAAAGCUGUCAUCGCUAUCCGUACAACUCGUCGAGAUCAGUUCGAACCUGCUGGUGAAUAUAUCGAGGAAUGGAGGAAGGUGAUACGUCAAAUUCAAUCACAAAAGAUUCCCUUCGACCUCUAUAUUGUGACCAAAUUUAUGUUGCUUGAACUACGAGAUGAGAUGCCGAUGAACAUUAACACGUUUGAAGACCAGAUUGACAGACUGUCUGUGGGCUAUAUUAGUCAUGAACGCUUCCUCCAGAUUUGCGACGAAAUGAUCGCGAAGUCUAAGAUAACGGUCGACAAGAGUAUGGCGAUUUAA